AUGGCCCCGAAAGCGAAAUCGAGAACGUCUGCAGGAGCGAAAAGGAAACAUGAUGAUGAGAAGGAUGUUUCCAGCAAUGGAAGUGGAAGUGGAAGUGGAAGUGGAAGUGGAAGCGAAUUGAGUGAAUAUGAAUAUGAUAAUUCGGACGAUGGAUACGAAGAUUUCCCAUCAAAAAGGAAGAAGACCAAGAAGACCAAUGGGGAUGUAUCACCUACGAAAAGCAAGGCAAAGAUCAAAUCAACAAAGCAAGAAGCCAAGUCAAAAGUACAAGACAGUCCCAGCAACAACAAGAAGAAAUCACAAGAUUCUCCUAAAUCCAAUAAGAAGUCCAAGCCAUCUGCAGCAGACAUCAAACCCCGUAUCAAAUCUACCAAUCCCAAAGGUUUAUUAGAAUACCUCUUAUCCGACGAAGCAUUAGAUUAUGCUAACCCUGCUCCUGAAAGGGGUUACGGCGAAGUCGACUGGUCCAAACACACUUCACCUUCUGAUCCCAAGACGGCUCCUGAUCCAUUACCUAAACCUGCUGCUUCAAAAAAGGAAAAAGCCAAAGCUGAAAAUACCCAUCCAUCCUUAUUGCCUGAGGGGUAUAUACGAUAUCCACAUUCGGAUAUGACCCCCUUUCAGAUUCUCACUUCAUCUUUAUUGCUUUCCAAACCCCUUUCUCACAAGUUGGGCAUAAGGACCAUAUCGACAUUACUUAAUCCUCCAUUUGAAUUUGGCAAAUUUGAUGUAUUGCUUAAAGCAGAUGAAGAGAGGAUAAGAGAGGGAUUAUGGAAAGCUCGAACUCAACAUAAAGAGAAGACUUCAGUGCAGCUUUUAGAGUUAGCCCAAGGAGUGAGGGGGUUAAAUGGCGAAGGAGAAGAGGAUAGUUUGGGAGGGAUCAAAAGGGCCAUAGAGGGUCUGGGGAAUGACGAGGAGAAAGCUCAAAAAAGAGUAGGAGACAUGUUAUCUACAAUUAAAGGGAUUGGACCAAUUGGAGUAUCGAUAUUCCUCAGGAGGAUUCAAUCACAAUGGAAUGAAGUUUAUCCAUAUGUCGAUCAGAGGUGUUUGAGUGCUGCGAAGUCGAUUGGAUUGGUGAAUGAUAAGGCAGGUGCAAAGGAGAUUGCAAAAUUAGUGGGAGAUGAUAGUAAGCAAUUGGUCAAAUUGUUGGAUACGCUCAUAGGGCUGGAUCUUGAGAAAAAGUUGGACGAUGUCGUUGAGAGGUAUACCUAA